AUGAACGGAUUCAGUGGUUUAUUUGUUCUAUUUACAUAUUUUCAAUUCUAUAAACUAGUAGUUUAUCCGGCAGUACAAGGAAGCGAUAGCCAAACACACACAGUCGCUACGACUUCCAGUGGAAGGAUAGCAAAUAUCGACGAAGAUUCAAUCGAAGGCAUCUCAAACGAAGCCUUACAGAAUAACAGAAGAAUACAAUUGGACCUUAAGGAUGUUGAUUUGGAAUUGUUCGAAGUCACAGAUGAAUACCAUAACAAGUACUUAACCAAAUAUAUAAAGGUAAGAGAUCACACUAAAAUUGUAAAAAUAGUGGACGGGAGUGUUUUGGUACACGAGCCAGCAACAGGAGAAACAUUUCUGAGUUGUUCAAUAAGAGCGAAUGAACUGGACCUGUAUCUGAGGUACGAAUACAGAGACGCACAAGCAAAUCAGAAAACAAUCACACUGUAUAAAGGGAACGAAGCAUGGUACACACUGCCAAACCAAGAAAUGGCGGACCCAACUAACACAUUUGAGUCGAAUAAAUGUUCGCUGGAUAGAGCACUGAGAGAGUGGGAGAAUACGUUCGAAGUGAUCAAUGAGUCGGAAUUGGAGAGCGAAGAAGAGACGCACGAGAGCGGACCGACAGACCUGUCGAAGUUUAGUCACACAAUACAGUCGUUGUACGUAAAAUUCGCACUCGACAUCACGAGUAAGAAGGAAAACGAAAGAGUAAACUACAGAGACUGUUACAUACACGAUAACCACAGUCUAGUGUACAUCAUAAAAAACGGAUACAAAGUGACAUCAGUGAGAGAAGGGAUCGACUUAAUAUAUAAAGUACCGGAAACGGAAGAAUGUUUCUUUGUCCAAGUGCUGCUGAAAGGAAAAGCAGCAAAGUUUGUAUUCACAAUGAGCAAAGAAGGCUCAAAAGAUGUGUCAAAAUAUUAUGAAAAGGUGGAAGGGAAAUGGAUGUCAAUGCCAUCAGAAAAGUAUUACAGAGACAUAUUGAACUAUAAAGAGCAAUACGAAAAGAAAGAAGACGUCGUGCUGGACAUAAGGACGAGGAAGGACACAAACGAAGUGGUAUUCAUAGAUAGCGAUUACGAUAACGUGCACACGCACAUAUACGCGCCGAUGCCAGGAUAUACGUUCAAGGAGAUUAAAAUCAAGGGAUACACAAUAUGGAAGAGGAAAAAUAACGACUGUCAGAUGGCAAUGGUGAGAUUCAUGCACAACUACCCUCACAAGGUGCACCUGGUGAUGCCGUCGAACGUGUCGGACAUAUACUAUCAGCUGAAGAAGAAGUAUCUGAGUUACACAAUACCCAGGAGAGCAAAAUCAAUAGAGUUCGAAGGAGAGUUUAACGAGAUAGACGAAAAAAAGUACUCUGAAGACAUGGAGCCGCUGAGGUUUAAGCCGCCAAUCAAGUUCCCGUCAAACAAGUUCGUGGUGGACAUAACGUCGAAGAAGGACAACGAGAUACACGCGUACAGACAAGGGAGUCCGCUGGGAGUGGAGACGUGCUUCUACAUGGCGAAGGACGGAUAUAAAAUCGCGAUGGUGAGAGAAGGAGACCAGGACAUCUGGAAGUCGCGCACAUCGGAAUUCGCGUCCUUCGUGGUGGUGCUGCUCUCGAAGAACGACACGCCAGUGCUGGUGAGAGUGGUGACCUUCGACCUCGACAUAAAGUCGAAGCACCGCUAUUACGUUAAGACGAGAGGAAGGUGGAAGGAAAUCGACGCUUUGAAGUAUAAAAACAGCUGCGAUAAGCUGUACACGUUCGUGAGCGACCUCGACGAAAGAGAGGAGAGGAAGGUGCCGGUGGACCUGAGCAAAAACUACGCUGGGCUUGAAAUGAUAUUCCUGAGGUACCACUUCGACGGAAUGGACACGAAGGUUAUCAUCCCGAACAAAAACGUGAAGAUACAGAAAGUGGUGAACAACGAAGUGGUGAUAUGGGAGAGAGGAGAACACGAUUGCGUGAUGGUGAUAGUAAGGUUAAACGGAAAUAAGCCAUACUUUGUUAAUAUAGUGAAGGCGGGAGAGACGGGAGACGAGUUCUUCUACGUGCCGUCGCUGCAGAGGACUGAGGAGUCAAACAAGUGGAAAAAGGUGCUCUUCGACCACAUAUUCGUGCAGAUCAACGAGUUUAGGGUUAAGCCGUACAUACAGCACUCAUACAAGGAACACCAAAUAGACAUAAGCGCGAAGAGGCACGACGAAGCGUGCUGCCACAAGACUGGAGACUUCUACAACAUACCCGCCUCGUACUUCAUCAUGAGGACAGGCCACGGAAUAACGAGAGUGCUCGACGGAAAAAAGGAGGUCUGGAGAAGCAAAAACGGAGAGUACGCGCCGUACCUGGUGGAGCUCUUCCACGAAGGUAGUCCGCGACUGCUCUUCGUAAUGGUUAACAAGCCGUCGUUCGAAAUACACGACAUGAGCUCAGUGUACCUGGAGAAAAGGGGAGGCGACUGGGAGCCGAUGUACGGAGACCUGGAGUUCAACUUCGUGCUUAACAACAUAGAAGUGAAGGACAAAAAUCCGCAAAAGUUUGAGCUGGACAUAAACCAGAGAAAGGACGACGAAAAAGUGCUCUGCUUCGAAGAUAAGCUGGGAGUGAGGAACGUAGUGCUGUACUUCCCGAAGAAAAACUACAGACUCGUUAAGCUGGUCUCCGGAGAGGAAGUUAUCAUGGAGACGGGAACCAAGGACUACAUUAUCUCAGUGAAAAUAUACCUGGUUAACGAGAAGCCGUACCUGAUCAGAGUACGCUACAGACACUACGAGCUGAGGUUCAAGGACUACGAGCGAGUGGGCACAUCCUGGGUGGAAAUAGACUCAAACUCGUUCCUGAUUAAGACUCUGACGCUCAACGACGUCGUCUUCAGCGAAGUUAACGUGCUGAAGAGCAGCCUGUUCGACAAGGUGUACACGAAGCUGGGAUCAGAUGAAAUGAUACCGGAGGGCGACCUGGCCAGAAAAAUCAAGAAGCGCUUCAACUACGACGUGCACUUCGAGCCUGUGGAUGAGGAGGAGUCUAUGACGCCAGUGGAAAGAAUGUUCGAGCUGAUAUCGGAGCACAUAAAGACGGAAAGAGUGGAUAGGUCGCUAUACAUUCAUCAAGAAGAUAGGAAAAAGGACGAAUGCGUCCUGGAAAUAAACAACAUAAACCUGGACAGAUUCACAUUCCACGAUAACAUAUACAAGAGCGCGAUGCACAGAGUAGUAGAGAACAAGUACGAGUGCAAGGUGAUAAAGGUGAUAGACGAGAACGGAGAUAUCCACGCGAUCACGGAUGACCAGGAGCUCUUCAGGUGCCACAUCUACAACAGAGACGGAAGGCCGGAGAUGGUGGAGGUCUUCACGUACGACGAAAACCACAGACUAAGCCACUUCAUUUACGUGAAGAGGGAGGGUGUGUGGGAUAGGACGUACUGGCGGCAGUCUGAUUUACUUUACAAGUUGUAUCGACACAUGAGUAGGCCGGUGAAGAAGCACGUUUCUCUGGAACUGAGUUACGUUGACGAGUCGAACUUCCAGGUUGAGGAGAAGAAUUUUGCGAGUUACGUGUACAGGACGAUGUCUCCGAAUUCGGAUGUUACUGUGAGCAGAGUGACACAUGAGGGUCAUUUGAUACACAGUUUUCUUAAUGACCAGGCUCUGGUGUGGUGUUCAUACAACGAGAUGGGUGAGAAUGACGAUAUUUUGGACUUGUUUGUGACAGACCUUGAUGGGAAGUUGUACUGUUACUCAUACAAAGGAGACGGUGAUGGUUGGAAUUUGAAUUACACACACAAGUCGACGAUAUCGAGUUUACAUGAAUUUUCAUCGAAUCGAUUCAAGGCACUGGUUAAUCACCGACUGAUUGACACAUGUGACGGUGAAGUACUUGAUGAGGCUGAAAAAACAGAUAUUGAAUUGAACAUUGAGGAUCAUGAAGCGACAGUUGAGUACACUUUGAAUGAUAUUCCAUGUAAGAUGUUUAGACCUAGGAAGAACGAGAAUGUGACUAGGAUUCAUGACGGUGAUGAGGAGUUGUUGAAUGGUGAUGUUUUGAAAUCGAGAUCUCUACUUGCAUCAUUUUUAUAUUUGAGAGAGGGAUAUAAAUCUGCGUUAUAUUUAUUUUUGGUUGACGAAGAUGGUAAUGUUGAACGAUUGAAAUAUAAUCGUAUAUUUGACACAUGGGUUAUAAGUGACCUUGCUCCUGAUAAUUAUAAAGAGAUUACAUAUGAACUUGAUAAUGUUUCUGAUAAAGAAGUGAUAGAAUAUUUAGAUGAUUCAUUUAACUGUAAAUUUACAAAGGACCUUGAGAAUUCGAUUGCUCUAUAUGAUAAUGAGAAUGAUCCUAGUAUGGCAUCGUAUCUACGACCUCCAAUAUGGAUACUUGACCUGAACGAUGUUGACAAUAAGAAGUUCAAGGUGACGAGAUCGACUAAAAACUCUGUUGAAUAUUAUCACAUAACUCCUAAACCGUUUGUUUUGGUUGACAGGAUAAUGUAUGAUGAGGAGAUAAUUCAUGAUUUGACUCCUGGUGACAUGCUUGAUCGCGUGACUGUGAGCGUGGACAAGGAUAACGAAUAUGAGAUUUUAUGUGAUGUUGAAUCUCCAGAUGGAACACUACGAACAUACACUAGAAGAAGCAAUGAGGAGCCUGAACCAGGUCGAAUUUUAUACACACCGACCAGACGAUCCCUGUAUAGACCAGGAAACCUAUACGAAAUCGCGGGAUCACACGUAAUUAAUAUCGCGAACAUCACAAAUGAAAGUUGUGCGCUCAAGAGCAUACGAGUUAAAAAUCACAUAAUAAAGAAGUUCUGCAUAAACGAAGACCUGAUUGUCACAAGAAUAUUCGAAGGAGUAAGAAUGAUAUAUAUAGUGAGACCAAACUAUAAGCUGGUGGCAGGUACAGUUUUCUAUGACAAGGGACCGCAGAUGGUGAUCCUGAAGUGUAGAUCUCAGGAAGAUGAGGAAGAAAGGACCGUGUAUAUUAAGCUGGGCUUCGAUUGGGCUCCAAUAGGAGAACACGAGUCGGAAAGAUACCUGAGAUCUCUAUAUCAAGAUGGAAAGUAUUUCACGGCACAAGAAGUACGAAGUUUACUGGAAUAA